UCCUAUAGUGUGACAACUUUUUAUAUUGACCAGCUUCGUACAUUAAACCCGCGUCGCGUUUAAUCUAUAUGCACGGUUUAAUAGCUGAUGAAUGAGACUGAUUAAUAACAGCGAUUGUUAUUUUUGUGUAUAGAUAUGAGAUGGAUGAAAAGCGCAUAAAUAUUUUCGCAAAUAAUGGAUGUAAGUUCGUUAGUUCCGGCAGGUCUUCAAAGGCAAACAGAUGGAUGUGUGAUUCAAGCGGGAUAUAAUAAGUUUUCGGAAAAUUUGCGAAAAUUUACACCACAAGCUAUACAGUGUGCCAUUUUUUGCGGUGGAUCUAGAUGCAAGUAUGAAAAUCCAAAAGCUUGGCCACCUGUCCACAUGGCAAUACACAACAUCUUUUCGCAUUGGGUGACUGAUGAUGUCCUUGCGAUGGCACGACCUAAUACCACUCAAAUAGUAAAGAAAGAUAUAAUUGCCCAAUUUCAAGGUUGGAGUAUAAAAACUAUAAUAAACUUGCAAACACCUGGCGAACACGCGAGUUGUGGUGAUCCACUCGAAGAGAGUGGUUUUACAUAUGAUCCCAAUAUUUUUAUGAAAAAUAACAUUUACUAUUAUAAUUUCGCCCUGAAGGAUUAUGGUGAUGCUACAAUGGGGAAGCUCCUGGAUAUGGUCAAGGUUGUAGCCUUCGCCGUGCAAGAAGGAAGAGUGGCCAUUCACUGUCAUGCUGGUCUUGGCAGAACUGGCGUUCUGAUUGCAUGUUACCUUAUUUAUAGUCUUCGUGUGAGGGCAAACGAUGCUAUAAGAUUUGUCCGCAUGAAACGUCCGUCCGCUAUACAAACACGCGGACAGAUACUUUGCAUUCAGGAAUUCGAGCACUUCGUGCUUCCGCAAAUGAUAGUAUUUCCUUUACACAGUACAACUGGAGAUCGCAAGCCUUACAGUCUUCAAACAUAUUUGAAGAAGCAGUAUAAUAUGCUACACGGAUAUGAGCAGCGCAAUUUUAAGCAUAUUCCAAAAAUCGUUUUCAUUAUUUGUGAACGGAUACUGCAACUCUGCGAUUGCCAAGAAGACAAUUCACCUUCCGAAAUUGUGUAUACAAUUUCCAAUGUGCCUUUCACGCAGAAAUUUAUCUGCCAUGUGUUAGAGAAAUUCCGUGACGCUUCGGGCAACAUACGGCACUCCUAUUCGUGGGCGGAAUCCCUUACGGAUUCAUCCUACGAAUAUUCAAUAUCCUCUAAAGCGCGUGAUAGUAGUCCAGGAUCAUCCCGAGAUACUUCUGAUGAUAUAGGAAGAUUGAGCGACCUAUUUUGUAUGUCACCGGAUACUCCUUCCUGUGACUCUAUAUUUCCAGUACGAUCUUAUGCAACAGGUCUCGAUGACAGUUGCGUGGACGAUGUCCUAGGUGAUGGUAUUCACGAUCAAGAUCUACUUGAUAAUGAUUGUUAUAAGGAAAUUCAGUCGCAUAUGGAUUUAAGAAACGUUGCUCGUCAUGAUUAUGAAACGGUGACUGCCGAAGAAGCGAUCAAAGCACUUAUUGGAAGUAGCGCGUCUCUUUCGGAUCCAGUAAAAAAACGUUUGAAUGAUUAUCAGAGUGAUUUAAAUCAUCGAUGUACUGCCUGGCAACGAUUAGAAUUAGAAACUAAUUUGGAGGUGUUGUCGAUCCUGUUGUUUGAAUGGCUAGAGACUCUUAAACAUCCGCUUCUUGAUGUUGAUAAUCUCAGUUAUAUCGUCGCAUGGAGUUCAAAGCCGCAGCGGUGUCUUGCAAAGUUGCCCGUCUGCACAAGAUACUUAUUAGAAUAUCUUUUGCGAUUUGUUAGCCGUUUAAGACCUAUGACAACGGAGAGUCAGAGCUUAAUUACUAAAAGGCUUAUGGCGGCGCUGACACAACAAACAAUCUGGAUCAAGAAUUCUUUUCAACCUUCAAAUAAACCUUUUCAGAAAUUACGACGGGGCACUGCUGGAAAGAUCAGUGAAUUUUUCACUCGCUUGAUGAACUUGAUAGAGGAAGUUAACACUCAAGAAUUGGACAAACCUCCAUGGGCGUCUAAAUGGGAAUUAUUAUCCAAACAUUUGCGUGAUAUGGAUAAUCAAAAAAACAGUGAAUAAGUGUAAUGAAUUUAUAUUUAGCAUUCUGACGAAUUUCCUUCUAAUUGCCAACGAUCUAGAUAUGUCUUUUAUUUUUCUUUCCAUUGGAUAUGAGUUAAAAAAAUAAUUACAAUUAUUGCAACUUUUAUUUACAAUAUGUAUAUUCUUAUUUAAAUUGUAAAAAUACCUUAUUUAUAAUAACAGCGCUACAAAUAACUAACUAUGCAAGCAGGAUUUGAUACAUUGAGACUAAAGGGAUAUAAGAAUAUUGUAAUAAUAUAAAAUAUAGUACUCUAGAGUGUUAUUAUUGUCUCUAUAUUUGUGUUGA